AUGCUGCGGCAUCAGAUUGUGGAAACAAAUCUAAAAGACUUCGUACCACCAAGUAUGAAGACAACCGAGACGUUACUGCUAGAAUGGUUCAAUCAUAUGCAGGCAUCUAACAUACCUUUAACCGUCCCUGUGAUUCAGUCAAAAGGAAGUGAUAUUGCUAAAGAUAUGGGCAUCGAAGGCAUCCGUUGUUCUGCUGGUUGGUUGUAUCGGUUCCAAAAGAGACAUUCAAUUUCAUCUGUACAAAUUUGUGGUGAAGCAAGUAAAGCUGAUGAAGAAAGUGCGAACAGCUGGUUGCAUGAACUCAACCGAGUGAAAGAAAAAUAUUCCUCGUGUGAUGUGUUUAACAUGGAUGAAACUGGAUUUUUUAAAAAUCUUUUUCCAAAUCACACCCUGGGUAUAAAAGGUGACAAGUGUCACGUUGGAGCACGAAGCAAACAAUAUGUGACUGUUGUACUGUGUUGUAAUGCUGACGGCAGUGAGAAGUUUCGUCCCUGGGUUAUCGGUAAAUCCGAGAAACCACGUUGUUUUAAAAACAUAUAUAUGGACGCUUUACCUUGCAUCUACUCUCACCACAAGAAAUCUUGGAUCGACGGCACAUCAUUUCGCAAGUGGUUACUCAAAAUAGACAUGUUCUUACAUUGA